CGAAGACCGGCGCCAUGAGGCUAGUUGCCGCGCUGCUCGUCUGGGCAAUUGGCAGCAGCACCGUCGCAACGCGCGACAACUCCAGUGAGGGCGCCGUCGUUUUCAGGGAGCUGUGGGCGCCAGAAGGGUGGCGCGCGCGGGGUGUGACGGGGAGGCGGCGGCCCGACCGCAGGCACCGCCGGCCACCUGGCGGCGGCGGCCACAACCACAGGCGCAAGGACAAGGUUUCGACGCGGCCGCAGGCGGGGCGCGGGGGGCGUCGGCGGCCGAGGCCGGGGGCGGAGGGGGCGGCGUCCACGGUGUUCGUGGUGCGCGUGACGCGCGGCCUGCGCGGCUACAACAGCCGCCUGUUCGGCCGCUGGAGCCGCUGGUCCGACUGCUCAGACUCGUGCACCACGCACCGCACUAGGUGGUGCAAAAGGCCUCCUAUGUGUGGUGCCGAUAUUGUCCGGGAGGAGGCCUACUGCUACAUGGAGAACAGUAGCUGCCAGCGCUGGAUCCAGAGGCAUAUCUGGAGGCAGGUGCCCGAUGCAGAAUCUUCACAAGAGUCCGAGGAAAAUGCUCUUGAUGAUGGAAACUCGCUGGAAGCAGAGUCUGAUGACAUCUGGCAGUGUGGAGUGCCUGCAGGGAACAAAGGUAGCCCAGCCUGGUCACUCACGAGGAUUGUCGGAGGAAGGCCUGCGAGCAAAGGCAGGUGGCCGUGGCAAGUCGCUAUACUCAACAGGUACAAGGAAGUGUUCUGUGGAGGAACAUUGGUCGCUCCCCGCUGGGUGCUCACAGCGGCUCACUGCCUGAGGCGCCGCAUGUACGUGCGUCUGGGUGAACACGACAUAUCACAGCAUGAAGGCACAGAAAUUGAAUUAAAGGUGGAGGCAGCGAUCUCACACCCAUCCUACGAUGAUGAAACAGUGGACAGUGACCUCGCACUGCUCCGAUUGCCCUUUGCCAUAAGGCCCAGUCGCUACCAAGGGUUAGCCUGUCUUCCUGAACAGGGGCAAAUCCUUCCUGCUGUUGGCUCAAAGUGUACAGUGAUUGGCUGGGGGAAAGCCCAGGCUCAUGAUCCAUUUGGAACAGAUCUGCUGCAUGAGGUCCAGGUUCCUAUAGCUCGCUUGGAGUUAUGUCGUCGAGUAUAUCGUGAAUACCGGAUUACAGACAACAUGUUUUGUGCUGGUUACCUCAACGGCCGACGUGAUAGCUGUGCUGGAGAUUCAGGAGGUCCCCUUCUGUGUCGCUCUCGAGGGAGAUGGACAAUAUUUGGAAUAACAAGUUUUGGUGAAGGUUGUGGCAAGAAACGACGUUUUGGUAUUUAUACACGUCUCUCCAAUUAUGUUGAGUGGAUACGCGAUGUCAUUGGCAAUGGACAUUAGUCUGAUAGCGCCCACAGAGACCUUUGUUCUGUGUCUUAAUACUGCAUUGCCUCUAUUAUUGCUAUGAGCACUUGUGCCAGUAAACUGAGCUGAAGCAGACACUUCUGAAUAAGAAGAAAAUUGAAUCCAUCAAAUAUUUUUAUUAGUGGCUGUAUCAGCCAUGAUAAUCAUCUCACAAAACAAAAAAAAAAAAGCAUUAUUUGCUUAAUGUAGACAUGUUGGUAUGGUCCUCAUGUAGACUGAAAGUGAAAAGUUUUUCAAUUUCCAAAAUGUGAAUGUAAUGUUAAGGUGGAAGUUGAUAUGUCUUCCCCCUCAUCAGUAUCAGUGAUAAGAUGAUUUGUAAAGUUUUCUGUAAUAUAUUUAUUGUUUUUAUCCUUAAGAUGGUCCUGAAGUGUUUCUAGUGUUGUGCCAUAUUCUCAUCUCAGGAAAGAUAUUUAUUUUGUGUUCAUUUCUGUGAUUUCUCUCUAAUUACUGUUAAUAAUCUGCAUUUGCUUUCUAAACAACAUAAGUGAAAUCUGAUUUUUGUCAUUGUUAAAAUGCAGUAGAUGAGUGUGUACAAAGCAAUGCACUUACAGUAUUGUGAAAAAAGCAAAAAUAUGUAAUGAAUAUCUUUCAGAUGUAGUUUCCACAGACUGUAUGUCAGAGAUAGAAUCAGUAUAAAAAUUAUUAUUUAUUUGAGAGAAACAUUAGUAAAAUUAAUUUCUUCAGUUAUCUUUGAGAGUAAAUAAUGUCUGUGAAAUUGUUAUGUUUUAGAUUGUUUGUAUUAUUAUUAUAACAAAUUCCACUCACUUUCCUCCAUUAGCAAAUUUGUAGUGGAUAAUGAUUUCCACAUUCACAGACUGCCUUGUAACAGAAUUUUCAACAAUAAUAGCCUCACCUAGAAACCAGUUAAAUUUUGUCUUAAUUUCUUUCUUUCAGUCCUCUAACAUCCUAUUCCAGAUGUAUUUAAUGCCAUCAUUUAUCAGUUUAUUGUCUCUAUCUCUAGCCUGUCUCCUGUGUAUCUUAUGGUAAAAAAAGGUCCUUGUGGAAUGUAAGUAACUGAAGCAGUAAAAGUAUAACAACUCAUCCAACAGUAGGCAUGAUUAGUUUCAAAAGUCACUAUCUUUGUACAGGUAGUAGUUUUUGUGUGUGUGUGUGUGUGUGUGUGUGUGUGUGUGUGUGUGUGUGUGUGUGUGUGUGAAUGAGG